GAGCUGCCCCCCGCCGUGCUGGGCGGGCGGGCGGUCCCCGCUGCGGCUGGGCGCCUUCUCCUCCUCCUUCUCCUCCUCCUCCGCCACCGCCGCCACCAUCACCACCACCUCCUCCUCCUCCUCUCGGCCGCUGCAGCGCGGGGGCUGCGGGCGGAGCGGCGGCGCCAUGAGCGGGGCGGCGGCGAAGAGCGAGAAGCUGGACGAGGCUCAGGCGCUGGCCCGCAGCUGUGCGGGCAGACCCGACUUCCAGCCCUGCGAUGGGCUCUCCCUCUGCGCCACCCACAGCCACGGCCGCUGCUUCCGCCUCCACUGGUGCUGCCACCUGGGAUGGUGCCACUGUAAAUAUGUCUAUCAGCCCAUGACACCCGUAGAGCAGCUGCCCAGCACAGAAAUACCCAUCCGCCCUCGGGAGUCACCAAACACCAUCCAGAUCUCCGUUUCGCUCACCGAACACUUUUUGAAGUUUGCUCCUGUCUUCCAGCCCCCCCUACCCCCCGACUCCCCCCAGUUCUGCACCAUCGCUGACCUCUUCAUUGACAACUACCGUGUCAAAUGCAUCAAUGGGAAGAUGUGCUACGUGCAGAGGCAGCCACCCCCUGCCCCACACAAGGUAAAGCCCGAGGAAGCCCCCGUCCGCAAUGCCUUAAUCACAAAAGAGAGCAAUACACCAAAACCAGAUCACUGCUCGUCCCCUUCCAGCUCUGAGGACUCCGGGAUCAAUGCAGUGGGGGUUCACUAUGUGGAGUCGUGUGACGAGGACACGGAGGGGGUGGCCGAGCUGAGCUCAGAAGAAGAUUACAGCCCAGACAGCAGCUGGGAACCAGAUGAGUGUCCCCUCCUGUCACCCUCCCAGUGCGAAAUGGAAGUGAUCGAGACUAUAGAAACCACUGUGUGAUCCGACAAGCUGGUAUCAGAUCAGUCCAGUUCCCACUCAGUUACAUCAUAGACUACUGCUCCCACGAUGAUGUGCCACUCAAGAUGUUUCCAUCCAUGAGGAUGUUUGCAGUGGGCCUUCAAAGCACAGAGGGUGAGCUGGUGCAGCACGCCCGUGAGCAGCAAAACCAAGUUGCCCUUAUUCUUUCUCAAACAGUUACAGGAGGCGAGGCAACAAGAGGCUCCUUCCCUGUCUGUCUGUCCUUGCACGUUGUCCGUCCUCUUCUCUGGCGCUGGUGCCACCCUUCCCCAGGGCUGCUGGCAUCACAUUUCCGUGGUGGGUCGGUAUGGCAGGCUAGAGCAUGCACAAAGUGCCUCCAACUUUUCUCCAGGCUAUGCACCCAGCAUCUGCUGAGCUAGGUCAGGCUCUGAAAUCUCCUGAGAAGGCAACUGCUGCUCCAGAGGGGGAUCGGUUGCCUGGAACCACCUGGCCCCUUUUCUGUACGUGGAUCUCGGGAAGGGGAUCUCUGGUUUCUGCAGCUGGGUAGGAGGGGGAGCAGGCAGAGCUGAAGCACAGCUGGUUAACCUGGUUAACCAGGACCAUGCCAGACAAGGGUGUGAAAUGAUAGGUGAAGGAAGUGACUACCUCCAAACACACAAACCCGCCCGCGCCUUCGCCCGCUGCUUCCUCCUGUGCUGUUUGGUGCCGGACACGUGCACUCAGGACCAAACGUUUGCCUGAAUAACAACAACAUUUCCAAACAACAAGUUUAUCAGCCACACCACUGUGUCAGCAGAGCUCGGGGACAGCAGGAAGGUGCCGUGGGGAGGGGGGCACACAAGCUUGUUAAAAUACAGCCUAGGGUCAGCUGAGAGGGGAGAGAAGGCUUUGGGUCCCACUCCCAGGGGCCCAGUUGAAGAGUGGGUUCUAACCAGGGCUUUCCUCAGAGCUGUCAGAGGGAGCUGUCUGUGCUGCUGGUGGGUUGGUUGCAGCGCUGCUUGACAAAACAAGAACGUCACUAUCAGAAGAUUUCAGUCAGCUUGAAUCAGUUGGAGUCAGUAAUAACUGUGUCCUCCACAGCACUACUGAAUUUCUUUGUGUAUUUGCUGUUUACUUUUACAAAAGUCAUUAGUGAACAGAAGGCCGUAUAAAAAUGUACAGUUUAGUGACUGAUGCUAGAUUAUAGUCCAUGUUAUAGGAUGGCUCAUCUCCCACUGUAUCCUGAUAAUGUAUUACUAAUUUUAUACACUUUGUAAUCAGUAUCUUUAGGAAAACAACAGUGUGCUAGGAGUUUACCAUAUGUAGUUAUGAAGUAACACUGUACUUUUUAGACUUAACACUUUCAGAUACAAAUUUAGGUUUUCUAGUUUUGAUGACAUACAUGAGAGUGCAACGCUUGGUAAAUGAGGAACUUGGGGCCAUUGCAUGAACAUUGCCACAAGACACCUGAAAUACAUUGUUUUUUUCUGAGGGCGUUGAAAUCAAGGCCGUAGUAAAUCUAAAUAGGGCUUAUUGCUUGGGGGUUUUUUUAAGGGUGAGUUUGUCUUUCUUGUUUAACCAAGGCUUCUAACAAUGUUUUAGUGUCUUUUGACCGUUCAGACACAUUCCAUAGAUAGAAAGAAGCAUUAUGUAUAAACCUACAGCAUUUACUCAUAUUUAAUCUUUGAAUUGUAAUCGUGAAUGGAGAGCUGAGAAAACUCAGCCUAGUCCCCCAGCUGCCUGAGCUUUCUUCCCAAGGGAUGGGGUGGGAUGGGCUGGCAGAUGCAUCCUCCCAAGGCACAAGCAGCCACGGGGCCUCUCCCCACACCAGGGUGCUCCUUGCCAGCUCAGGAGGGGUCCUCAGGACCCUCUGACCCAGCAGGAGCUCUCCUGGUUUGCAAGGGAGCCGGAGCCACCUCCUCCUGCUGUUGGGGGACAGGGGCUGUGAGCACAGGGAGAUCCAGUUGGUUGUUUAUGACCAGGACUUACCGUGAGCUCCAGUGGUCCUGCAGGCUCAUAUCACUGUCAUCAGGAUAGAUUCUUUUUUAACUGUAAGUAAUUAGCAAUAUUCACAAGCUGUGAGUGUCUCCUAUCCAGGAUUUGUUCAGAUGUCUUAAGCACAAUAAGCUGCCUCUUCCUUCUAUCAUACCUGUUAAACGUCUGUGGAGCAGCCUGGCCUAGGACAGGGAUAGUUCUGGGAAGUGUUUCAGCAGCCAGCACAGGGGCAGGAUUCUCACUGUGCUCCCUCACGUGCCCCCUCUCACACAGAGGCUCCUGCAGAGGGGGGGUUUCUUUGCACAAACACUGGGGUAGAUGCGCUGUACGAGACGCGCCCUGGGCUUGCUGCUCCACUGUGCCAGGGAGAGGUCUGUAUACUUCCUCUAAUAAAAUACUGAACAACUCAA